CAAAAAGAUACAUAUAAAGAGGUGUAGAGAAUAUAUCCCAAUUCAAACAACAAAUAAAAACAUAUAUCUCAUUCAAAAAACUCAUUCACAAAUGCCAAUUCUCCCCCAAAUCAUUUCAACAAUUUUUUUGAUUUCAUUGGUUAUUGGCAUCUCAACUGGAAAUUGUAUUGUAGGCAAAUUUGUGCCGAUUGAAGACAAUAAAAUGCAUGCGCCCACAAACAAUUAUGCUCAAAACCAGCCUGGAGAGGCUAAUAAAUUAAUUGUUACUGGUGGAACAACUAAAUAUUCAAUAACCUUAAAAGAAGGAAAUAAUAAAUGUACUGCUCCAAAUGAUGGACAAGAAGUUGAGUGUCAAUUAUCUGGAAAGAAAUUGACAGGAGAAUUGAUAUUCUCAUUUUCUAAUGGAAUGGAAAUCGAAGUGCCAUUUAAAGAAGUUCCUUUCUUUGCCGGAAAUAAAUGUCAAAUCAAUCUUGUUGAUUAUAAUCGAGGAACACACGAAACUAUUAUUGAAAUUAACGGUGUAAAGGUUAAGAUUGUUUUGGAUAAGGAGAAUAAAAUUCCAAUUCAAGCUUGUAAAGGGGGGAAUUGA